AUGGGGAUGUCUUCUGACAAUAUUAUUGGGCUUGUUUUGGCUCUAUCUUCUAGCAUUUUCAUUGGUUCUAGCUAUAUAAUUAAAAAAAUGGGUCUUACAAAAGCUGGUUCUAAUGGAAAUAGAGCAGCCUCAGGAGGGCAUUCAUAUUUGUUAGAACCAAAGUGGUGGGCUGGAAUGAUUACAAUGAUUGUUGGGGAAAUAGCUAAUUUUGCAGCUUAUGCAUUUGCACCUGCCAUUCUUGUAACUCCUUUGGGAGCUUUAAGCAUCAUUUUCAGUGCGGUGCUAGCUCACUUCAUCUUGAAUGAGAGACUACACAUUUUUGGCAUGCUUGGAUGUGCUCUCUGUGUGGUAGGGUCUACGACUAUUGUUCUUCAUGCACCGCGUGAGAGAGACAUUCAUUCCGUCAAGGAAGUAUGGCAACUUGCUACCGAGCCAGGUUUUAUUGUAUACUCUUGUUUGGUGGUGAUACUGGUUUUAGUUCUUAUUUUCGUUUUCGCGGAAAAAUAUGGACAGACACAUAUGAUUGUUUAUGUUGGAUUAUGCUCUCUCACGGGCUCGAUUACGGUUAUGAGUGUCAAAGCAGUAGGAAUAGCUUUGAAGCUUACAUUUGAAGGGAAGAAUCAAUUUAUUUACUUUCAGACAUGGUUCUUUACAAUAAUUGUGGUUGGAUGUUGUCUCAUGCAAAUCAACUACUUGAACAAGGCUUUGGAUACCUUCAACACUACUGUCAUAUCACCGGUUUACUACGUCAUGUUUACCUCAUUAACCAUAAUCGCCAGCAUAAUCAUGUUUAAGGAAUGGGACACACAAGAUGCAUCUCAGAUUGUUACGGAGCUAUGUGGAUUCGUGACAAUUUUAUCGGGAACAUUUCUCCUUCACAAAACUCAGGAUAUGGGAAGCAAACCGACGGAAACUUGUGAUACUUCAAGUCCGCAGCUUCCUUACACAAUUAAGUCACCAGAUAGAUCUGACAUUUGA